GGGUGCAGUGUUAAGAAACUUCCUCUGAACUGGACCAGUUCUUCUCCUACUGCUGAGGUUUUUCAGUCCGUGAGUUCACAGGAACAGAGAAGAAGGAGUGUUGAGAACCGGCCUGAGUGUUUGAGUCUCCAGAGGAAACAUUUCAUCUCCUGCAGCAACAAUGACUCCAGUUGAGGCUUUGAGAGAGUUUAUUCAGCAGCGACUAACUGCUGCUGCUGGAGAAAUCUUCACCGCGUUUCAACAAACUAUCAUCCACUACGAGAAGGAGAUGAACGUUCAGGACAGACUGCUGGAAAUCACAGGAGAACUUCCAGCCCCGUUCUCCAGAACAGAGAGUCCACAGCAACACAGCAGUAACCAGAAGAGGAGUUCCAGUGGUGAGCAGGAGGAACAUGAAGCUCCACACAUUAAAGAGGAGGAGGAUCUUGUUGAGAUGAGCGUCACUGAUGGUGGAAGUGAGGAUUCCCACCACUCUGUGAGAGACUCCACCACCCGGAGACUCACUGCUGCUGCUGUGGAAAUCUUCAACCUGUUUCAACAGACUGUUGUCCAGUACCAGGAGAAGAUUGAUCGCCGACAAAGACUGCUGGACGUCAUCUUCCAACCUCAAAUCAAGUUACACAGAAUGGAGCUCCAACAGCACCAUGACUGUAGAGAGGAGCAGAAAACAAACUACUGUCAAGAACAGGAGGAACCAGAACCUCUAGAGAUUAAAGAGGAACCAGAAGAACCAGGAGCUCCACAGAGAAAAGAGGAACCAGAAGAACCAGGGUUUCUUCAGUUUCCAGAGGACCAGGAGGAGCCAGGGACUCUAGAGAUUGAGGAGCACGAGGAUCUGGGUUCCAGCCAGACGGGAGCGUGGCCUGUUGUGACGUUAGAAAGUGAAACCUUGAAGGUUCCUUCUGUUGAGGAGCAGAGUGACCUGAGUGAACCAGAAGAAGAACCAGACACUGAGCAGCUCCUCUCUCAGGACUCUGAAGUCCACCAUGAGAACCACCUGAUUGACUCUCCAGUUUCAGAGAAGCAGGCUGGAUGUGAGGAAACAUGUAGUGAACCUGUCCGUAAAAAAACAAAACCAUGUCAGAAGGUAAGAACAGUCACUGAUAAGAAGAAAACCUGUGAGACGUGCGGAAUGAGUUUCACUCAUCAGAGUAGUUUGCUGCGCCACAUUAGAAUUCACACAGGUGAGAAGCCGUAUUCUUGUGAAACGUGGAAAAAGCUUCAUUCGUCAGAGUCAUUUGUUGCUCCACAUUAGAAUUCACACAGGUGAGAAGCCGUAUUCUUGUGAAACUUGUGGAAAAAGUUUCAUUGCACAUCAUACUUUGUUGCGCCACAUGAGGAGUCACACAGGUGAGAAGCCAUAUUCUUGCGAAACAUGUGGAAAAAGUUUUAGUAAACGGAGUUCUUUGUUGUCCCACAUGAGGAUUCACACAGAUGAGACACCAUAUUCUUGUGAAACAUGUGGAAAAAGCUUCAAUAUUCAGAGUAAUUUGUUGCGCCACAUUAGAAAUCACACAGGUGAGAAGCCGUAUUCUUGUGAAACUUGUGGAAAAAGUUUCAAUGCACAUAACACUUUGUUGCAACACAUGAGGAUUCACACAGGUGAGAAGCCAUAUUCUUGUGAAACAUGUGGAAAAAGCUUCAUUGCACAUCACACUUUGUUGUCCCACAUGAGGACUCACACAGGUGAGAAACCGUAUUCUUGUGAAACUUGUGGAAAAAGUUUCACUGUAUAUGCAACUUUGUGGCGCCACAUGAGGACUCACACAGGUGAGAAGCCCUAUUCUUGUGGAACAUGUGGAAAACGUUUUAGUCAACAGGAUCAUUUGUUGUCCCACAAGAGGAUUCACACAGGUGAGAAGCCGUACUCUUGUGAAACAUGUGGAAAACGUUUUUGUCGACAGAGUAAUUUGUUGUCCCACAUGAGGAGUCACACAGGUGAGAAGCCGUACUCUUGUGAAACAUGUGGUAAAGGUUUUAGUCAACAGAGUAAUUUGUCACGCCACAUGAGGACUCACACAGGUGAGAAGCCAUAUUAUUGUGAAACAUGUCGAAAAAGCUUCAGUAAUCAGCGUAGUUUGUCAGACCACAUGAAUAUUCACACAGGUGAAAAGCCGUACUCUUGUGAAACUUGUGGAAAAAGUUUCAGUGCAAAUCAAACUUUGUUGUCCCACAUGAGGAUUCACACAGGUGAGAAGCCAUAUUCUUGUGGAACAUGUGGAAGAAGAUUCAGUAUGAAGUGUAAUUUGUUGUCCCACAUUAGAACUCACACAGGUGAGAAGUCGCACUCUUGUGAAACAUGUGGAAAAAGUUUUUAUCAGAAGAGGAGUUUGUUGUCCCACAUGAGGACUCACACAGGUGAGAAGCCAUAUUCUUGUGGAAUAUGCGGAAAAAGCUUCAGUCAACAGAGUUAUUUGUCGGUCCACAUGAAGACUCACACAGGUCAGAAGCCAUAUUCUUGUGGAACAUGUGGGGAAAGUUUUAGUCAACAGAGUAAUUUGUCGCGCCACAUGAGGACUCACACAGGUGAGAAGCCGUUCUCUUGUGGAACAUGUGGAAUGACAUUUUGUCAUCGUCGUUCAUGGAUGCACCACCUUAAAAGUCACAAAUAGAUGGUGCCAUGAAAGACUCUCUUGGAGAGCUCAUUCAGGAAGUUCAACUUGAUCCCCAAACCGCAAGAGAGCAUCCAGUUUAAAGGAAAUGUUCCACAUUCAAACACUGUUGAGACGAGAUCCACCUUCAGGAAUGUUUUUGUUUGUAGUCUGUCACAAAAAUGAGAAAUUUCAAGAAAUGGAAAUAAAAUGUUGGCAU